AUGACCGCCGAGAGCGGGCCGCCGCCGCCACCGUCGCAGUCGGAGGCACUGGCUGCCGUGAAAGAGGAGCGCGGCGAGGCCGCAACGGCUGGGCCGGGGGUCCCCGCGGAGGCCGUGGGUCGCGGCGCGGGUGGGCGGCGGCGUAAACGCCCCCUGCAACGCGGGAAGCCGCCCUACAGCUACAUCGCGCUCAUUGCCAUGGCCAUCGCGCACGCGCCCGAGCGCCGCCUCACUCUGGGUGGCAUCUAUAAAUUCAUCACCGAACGCUUCCCUUUCUACCGUGACAAUCCCAAAAAGUGGCAAAACAGCAUCCGUCACAACCUCACGCUCAACGACUGCUUCCUCAAGAUCCCGCGUGAGGCCGGCCGCCCGGGAAAGGGCAAUUACUGGGCGCUGGACCCCAACGCCGAGGACAUGUUUGAGAGCGGGAGCUUCCUGCGCCGCCGAAAGCGCUUCAAGCGCUCGGACCUCUCCACUUACCCGGCCUACAUGCACGACGCCGCGGCUGCGGCAGCCGCAGCCGCCGCUGCCGCCGCCGCAGCCAUCUUCCCGGGAGCGGUGCCCGCCGCACGCACGCCCUACCCGGGUGCGGUCUAUGCGAGCUAUGCACCGCCGUCGCUCGCCGCGCCGCCUCCAGUCUACUACCCCUCCGCGUCUCCGAGCCCUUGCCGUGUCUUCGGCCUGGUUCCUGAGCGACCACUCAGCCCAGAUCUGGGUCCCGCGCCGUCUGGGCCUGGCGGUUCCUGUGCUUUUGCCUCUGCAGGCGCUCCGGCCAGUACCACCGGCUACCAGACCACCGGCUGCGCAGGGGCGCGGCCACCCAACCCCUCCACCUACGCUGCUGCCUACACGGGUCCCGACGGCGCAUACCCUCAAGCCCCCAGCAGUGCGCUCUUCGCUGCAGCUGGACGCCUGGCGGGACCCGCUUCGUCCCCGGCUAGUGGCAGCAGCGGCGGAGUCGAGACCACUGUGGACUUCUACGGGCGCACGUCGCCAGGCCAGUUCGGAGCGCUAGGGCCUUGCUACAAUCCUGGCGGGCAACUGGGAGGGAGCAGUGGAGGGGCCUACCAUGCCCGCCAUGCCACCGCCUAUCCUGGAGGGGUAGAUCGGUUCGUGUCCGCCAUGUGA